GCGCGGCGGAAGCGGCGGUGACGUGCCGGAAGCGGAAGCGGGGCUGGCCGGGCGGGAGGCGGUGGUGGCGAUGCUGUCGCUGGACUUUCUGGACGAUGUUCGGCGCAUGAACAAGCGGCAGUUGUACUACCAGGUGCUGAACUUCGGCAUGAUCGUGUCCUCCGCCCUCAUGAUCUGGAAGGGGCUGAUGGUGGUGACGGGCAGCGAGAGCCCCAUCGUGGUGGUGCUGAGUGGGAGCAUGGAGCCUGCAUUCCACAGAGGAGAUCUCCUGUUCCUCACGAACCGAAUUGAAGAUCCAAUCAGAGUGGGAGAAAUUGUCGUCUUUAGGAUAGAAGGAAGGGAAAUUCCUAUAGUCCAUCGCGUCCUGAAAAUCCACGAGAAGCAAAACGGUGACAUCAAAUUUCUGACAAAGGGAGACAACAACGCUGUGGAUGACAGAGGGCUCUACAAGCGGGGGCAGCACUGGCUGGAGAAGAAGGAUGUAGUAGGACGAGCGAGAGGAUUUGUGCCAUAUAUUGGAAUAGUGACUAUCUUAAUGAAUGAUUAUCCAAAAUUUAAGUAUGCAGUCCUCUUUUUACUGGGUUUGUUUGUGCUGGUGCAUCGAGAGUAGCCCCUUGCACUGAACUGCAAGGUGAAGGUGCCAUGGAUUUUUCUAGAUGAACAUUUUAAGUAGCUGAUUGUCCGAAGUGCCAGGAGGAAGAAGAAAACCUGCAUUUCAAAGCUUCUUGCCAGUUUGGGUUUGUUUUGGUUUUUACUGCGUAAGGGCGAAUGUUUGUCACAAUAUUUCCAGUGGUUUGUCACACUUUAGCCUUUUUAGUGAAUUUUUAUAUUAAAAAUUUCAGCCAAACUGUUUAGUGUUUUUGUACUUUGAAGCUGAGCUUCCUCUCCAAGUGCCUCCACAACCAUGUCCUCAGUCUGUGCCUCACUGGGCCAGGUGCCCUCUCCCUGUGCUGUCUAAUGGUGAACUGUGGCCGUGAUGGUUUUUUGCCAAUUCGGAACUGGAAUAAAGAUUUUUCCUCUCGCC